GAUAACUAUUACUAUUACACAACACUUUGUACUGAUUAUCGUUAAUAAUAGUUAAUAAUAAUGAGAGAGCGAUACAAAUGAGUGACACAAUCAUCGCUUGAAUGACAUCCGAGUUAUCGAUAAAAGCGUUAAAUCAGUCGACAAUUACGUGAAGAGGAAGCGAAAGAGCGAUGUCUUUGUCGUCUCCGCCAUCGGAUCCGUUUGUGGUGACGCCCGACCAGAAGGCCCGAUACGAGUCACAGUUCGUCCGCAUUUGUAACUCGAGGUCGGAGUUCAUGAGCGGUGAUCAGGCGAAGAACGUGAUGCUGGCCUCCGGUCUGCCGCCCAAUGUGUUGGCCCACAUCUGGUCACUCGCGGACGUGGACUCCGACGGCCAGAUGGACAUCAAUGAGUUCUCCAUCGCUUUGCAUCUCAUCUCACUUCGACUCAGAGGCGUUGAUUUGCCACAAACUCUGCCACAAUCUCUUAAGGUUUUGGUCGAAACGCCCGCUUUCGCCGCGUUUACCGAUUUCGGUUCGUUUGGUGUCCCCAACGCUCCCACACAGCCAUCGAUGGCGGCCACAGCUGUCAGUUAUGCUACAAAUAUGACGUCUUCAGCACCGCCUCCCCGACCGGCGCCACCGGCGGCCGACAUGAAGGUUCAGCGCUCGGGUUCUAUCACUUCUGGCGAUUACCCGAACUCUAUGUUACUGACGGAAUGGGCGAUCCCUCAGCCCUCGAAACUCAAAUACACCCAACAAUUCAAUUCGCACGACAGGACGCGAACCGGUUUCCUGACCGGACCUCAGGCCAGGAAUAUCCUGAUUGAGUCGAAAUUACCGCAACCAGUAUUGGCACAGAUCUGGAACCUAUCGGACAUCGAUUCCGAUGGAAGGCUUACUUGCGAUGAGUUUGUCGUUGCCAUGCAUUUAAUCGAUUGCGUCAGAGCUGGCGAUACACUGCCCACUGUAUUGCCUCCCGAUCUCAUUCCGCCCUCAUAUCGGCGCAAGAGGUCUCUGUCGGGUGUGACGGCUAUCCCAACCAUAUCACCGGCGAUGGCGCCCGCAGUGGACAACAUCGCCGAAGAGUCGGCACAAUUUGUGGCCACUUUUGAGGACAAGAGGCGCGAGAACUUUGAGAAGGGUCAGGCAGAGCUCGAUCGGCGCCGUCAGGCACUCCUCGAGACCCAGAAGAGGGAACGCGAAGACAGGGAACGAAAGGAGAGGGAAGAGCACCAAAAACGGGAACAAAUCAGACUGGAACAGGAGAGGAAACGUCAGGCAGAACUCGAACGACAGGCGGAGAGACAGCGAGAGAUGGAGACCGAAAAGGAAGAGCAGAGACGCAAACAACUGGAACAGAGAGAGGCCGCCAGACGUGAGAUGGAAAGGCAGCGAAUGAUUGAAUGGGAAAACACCCGAAAGCAGGACUUAAUCAAUCAGAAGAUUAAAACACAGGAAGAGGUACUGAAACUUAAGUCUAAAAAGAAGUCAUUGGCGUUGGAUAUGGAAAGAGUGAACAAUAAAUUGAAUGAAUUGAACGGAACGGUCGCCGAAACGCGUAAAAAAGUUGUCGACAUUAAGGCUGAUAUCGAUUCGAUGCGUUUGGAAAGGGACCAGAAGUUGGGACUUCUCAGCUCUAUUAAGGCUCAGAUCAAGGCUUUAAAUGACCGCCAGUUAUACAUUGAACAGGAGAAGCUUAAUCUCACUCAACAACUCAAGAAUACCGCCGCCGCCGCAGGUGUGGAGAACGCGGGCACCGAUCAGUUUGCGCUACAAAAUAAGCAAAUUAUGAUAAAUCAAUUGAAAUCACAAAUAGAACAGUUUGAAACUGAAAAGACCACCAAAAUGGCUGAUUUGGCCAAUAAUAACACACAAUUGACUGAAUUAAGGGAUAAUUUGAAGCAAAUGAUUGAGAAGACGACUCAAUUGGCGAAUGCAUACGAUAUGAAACGCCUGGAGGCGCAGGAAUUCCGGGACUGUCAGAGCGUACACGUGAACGAAGAUGUGAACGCCGGUUGGGGUCAAGCGGUGCCAACAGUUGAGUGGCCCACAGAUAACAGCGCGUUGAAGAGUAGCGCAACGGUCACUAAAGUCAAAUAUAAGUGUCUCUACGCCUUCACAGCCAGAAAUCAGGACGAGUUGACUGUAGAACCGGGAGAUAUAGUUAUCGUCGAUCGGAGCGCGUGUUCUGAACCGGGAUGGCUGUCGGGUCAGGUGAGAGAUCACGUCGGAUGGUUUCCCGAGGCUUAUGUCGAGCUCAUGGAAGGCGAGUCUAUUAAAAACGAAAGUGACACCAAUUUUGAACUCAGACGCACUCCUCUCGAGGGUAUUGCAGAAGAGCCCCAAAAUGGGAACGAGUCUGAAGUGAUUGCAACCAAAGUUUCGACUCAAUUCUCAGCGCCCGAUGAUUCGAGUUUCCAGCCGUCGAUCGCGGAUCCAAAGAGCUCGGAGUUAACGGCGGACACCAUUAAGGCUGUGGCACAGUAUCCCUGGAAAGCCAAAGAAGACAAUCACUUGUCGUUUGCAAAGGGAGACAUUAUAAUAAUCAAAGAGCAACAGGACAUGUGGUGGUUCGGACAGAUUGGCGACACGUCUGGUUGGUUUCCAAAGUCAUACGUAAAGCCUAUAGGCGAGGGCGGGAAUGUCGCUCAGGAGGACGAGUAUUAUCUCGCAUUAUAUCCAUUUGAAUCGCAAGAACCGGGAGAUCUGUCUUUCGAGGCCAAUGAGUUGAUUAAAGUGGUGAAGAAAGAGGGCGACUGGUGGACAGGCGUUAUCAGCGAUCUGAGACAAGGCGUCUUCCCAUCCAAUUACGUCCGAUCGGCACAACCAGAAGAAAUUCCCAACCCAGUCCUAACAGAGCCCAACAUACCAGCGCCCAAAACUACUUGUGCGCCUCCGUUUCAGAGCCAAAUGUCGGCUCCGACUCCCCCUCCGACCAGUGAUGGGGAAAAGUCGAAGCUGAAGAAACUGGAGAUCGUGACAGUGAUCGCGCCCUAUAAGGCCACGGGUCCCGAACAGCUGAGUCUCGAGAAGCAACAGCUGAUCCAAGUGCGGAAGAAGACAUCGUCCGGUUGGUGGGAGGGAGAGAUGCAGGUGAAGGGCAAGAAGAAACAGGUCGGUUGGUUUCCCGCCUCUUACGUCAAGGCGUUAAACCCGUCGAGUGGGUCGGGAGGUUCGUCCGCCCGCUCCACACCCGACCCCAUCAGACAAAAGGCUUCCGACGAUAAGGAUUCCGAGAGAGUGAUAGCAUUGUACGCAUUCCGCGCCCAACACGACGACGAGUUAACGUUUGAAACGAAUGACAUAAUAAAAGUAUUAGCGAAAGAGGACACGACGUGGUGGAGAGGACAGCUCAUCAGCACCGGUGCCAUAGGACUCUUCCCAUCAAAUCACGUCGAGAUAUAUCGCGAACAAUCGCAAGGAAUUGACGAACAGAUUAGUGAAUAUGAGUACAACUCAACUGAUGUUCACAGCAAUGGCUUUAACAGUGACUUUGAUGAUGACGACGAUGAAGAGGACACGACUGGAUCCGAGUAUAGUAUUACAGACGACGAGAGGAAACGUCAGAACCAUAUAAAUGAGUUUAUUUCUUCCGAAAAUGCAUACGUUGUCGAUAUGGCUAUUGUUAUCGACGUAUUUCAAAAGCCUCUGAAAGCAAAGAAUUGCUUAACAGAUGCCGAGUCUGAGUCAAUAUUCGUGAAUUGGCCUAAAUUAGUGAAAUGCAACCAAAAGUUUCUAAAAGCCCUCCGGAUUCGUAAACGCAAUGCUAUUGUUAGCAAUAAUAUGACAAUAAUUAACGAAAUAAGUGAUAUUUUUUGCGACCAUUUGACACUAAUGUCCGACCAAUACGUAAAGUACUGUUCGCGUCAAUUGGCGGCCGCGAGACUCAUACAAAACAAGACCGAAAACGAUACCAAUUUCAACGACACCGCGAAACUGUGUUCGCAGGACACGCGCGCCAACCGAUUGCCGCUCAGCAGUUAUCUCCUCAAACCGAUGCAACGAAUCACAAAAUACCCGCUACUUAUCGGCAAAAUACUAGAACACACGCCAACCAAUCACUCCGAUUACACCGACUGUCAAAAAGCCCUCAAACUAUCGCAAGAGUUAUGUAAGCGCGUCAACGAGGCCUGUCGUAACACCGAAGACGCCCAACGACUACAAUGGAUGCAAACACAGAUCAAAAUUGAUGGCAUCGAUCAAAAUAUUGAAUUCAAUUCAGAGACCAAUUGUUUAGGUCGCCGAGAUUUACUACAAUCGGGAACUCUUAUUAAAGCCAAUUCUGGCCGCGAAUUGAUUGCCUUUUUGUUCAACGAUUUUCUGAUGCUUACGACUGCAUCGAAAGAAUUGCCCAAAAUAUCUAAUGUAUUCGCCUCUGAGAAGGCUCUGUCCUGUACUUACAGGAUAUACAAAGAGCCCAUUCUUCUCAAUGACAUUACAAUUACAGAAUUAUCUCAAUUUGAGACCAAUUUAGACCCCAAUCUAUUCCGAAUUCACAUCAAUUCUAAACACAAGUAUUUGACAUUUAAAGCCAAUUCAACGAAUGAGCGCUCGCUUUGGCUCAAAUCACUCGACGUCUCGAUAAGACAUUUCGGAGACGUUGAAAGACUUGAAUUGUCGUCCAAUAAAGCAAUA